AUGAAGCUUCACCAAACUCUUCUGUUCCUGCUGGGAACUCUCACCACCACCGCGCUCGCAACCAAUUAUACCACCGCCGAUUUCUCAGAAUGCGUCUUGUCCUACUGGGAGCAAACCUAUCCAGAUUGCCCAAUCACCGACACCUCGUGUGUUUGCACCAAAGAGUCCAGCCUGAUCGCCUACGCUUCAAGUGAAUGUACUCCCAAGGAGUAUUUCCACGCCAGACACCUCUUCGAACAAGAAUGUAAUAUCCGCCCUCGCGCAGGUCCUUCCCUCGUGGACCCAUCCGUUCUUGCGCCGCUCGUUCUUGCGACCGUCUUCUUCGUCAUCCGAUUAUGGGCCAAGCUCCAGGGUCUUGCGGGAGGCUGGGGGCCGGACGACACCACAAUCGCGCUCUCAUUUGUCUUUGGUGUUGUGGAAUAUGCCAUGUACGACAAGAUGAUCUACUACGGCUUCGGCCAGAACAUCUGGGACGUCCCGUUCGACGACAUCACGAAUUUCUAUAAGCACUUCGAAGCCCUGGCGAUGGUCUACAAGACGCAAAUUUCGCUCGCCAAGAUCUCCGUCCUGCUCUUCCUCCUCCGCAUUUUCCAGUCGCGCGUUUUCCGCACCUUCGCCUACAUCAUGAUCGGCGUGAACGCUUCGAUCGGCAUCACUUUUGCGCUGGUCGACCUGCUCCGGUGCACCCCGGUCCACCUGGAUUGGGAUGGCUGGGCCACGAACUACGCCGGCGGAACCUGCAUCGACUUCAUCGACGCCAUUCUCGUGCACUGUAUCGUGAAUAUCGUCGCCGACGUCAUCAUCGUCAUCCUGCCCGUUUACGAGGUUUCGAAGCUGCAGCUGCCGACCGGCAAGAAGAUCACCGUGGGAAUGAUGUUCAUGAUGGGCUUGAUCUUGACGGUUGUCGCAAUUAUUCGGCUGGUUGUGUUCUGGAACCACCGCUGGGGCGUGAACCAAACCGCUGGUCUCCUCCCACUCAUCCACUGGUCCGUCAUCGAGUCGCAAAUCGCCAUCCUCACGACCUGUCUCCCCGCCGCCCGAGCGGUGGCCGCCCACAACAUCCCGGGGAUGAACAGCCAGGGCUCGCGACGGACCUACGCCUCGCGCGGCCCUUCCUUUCUGUCCAAGGGCCAGACCAAUGCCAACAGCAAAAUCUCCAAGUCGGUCAAUUUUUCAGUGGAUUAUGUGUCACGCGGCCCGCGUGAUGACAACAGCGAGGUCCAUUUGGUGGAGAUGGACGGAAAAUACACUCGGGUCUAA